AUGGCGAUGGCUCAUGAUUUGAUCAUUUCUGAUGAAACUUUAGAUGGCCUGGCAUCUAACCGUCAGUACAUUGCAGACAUUCCGUAUACAAUGGAUAUUUUCCCAGAUACCUUGAGUAAGCCAAAUAAGAAGGGAAAAGCAAAAGAUGCCGAGUUUGAGGAACUCGAUUUACAAUCACAUAAACCCUAUCCUAUGGUGUUCCGUAUCGGGCCUAACACAAAUCGAAGGAGAAUGUGGUGUUGGUUGAAGGCUUUCUGGGUAUUUUAUAAGUAUUUGAAAGAAAAGAAGGAUUAUGACAUCAUAUGGGAGAACAAGUAUUUCACAGCACCACCUGAAAAUAAAUUGAGGUCAAUAGACAUUAUCGUCAAUCACAUCAAAGUACAAGAGUACCGGGUAUGUUUCUUUGUCACAACGGGAACCGUACAUGCACAAGGAAAGUCAUUGAACAAAUAUGAAGAGCAUUUUCCCGUCAUCAAACGUCUGUUUCAGAAGAUGAACGAGGAUGUGGACGAACUGACCAAUGAUUUCGAAAAUGCUGUUGUUGUGGAUUAA